AGGGUGUUACGCGUUGCUCGCGGCCGACGCAGAGGGGCAGGAGCGGCAUGGCAGCGGGGCACCUGCAGCAGUUCUGGGGGACGGCGGGGCUCAGCCUGUCCCGUGGAGUGCUGAUGAGUCGUUUCGCUGCUCUUCGGCCUCUUGGCCUUUUGGUCCCACCGCGACCUCGGCCGCUAGUGAUCGGGAUCCGCGGGCUUGCAGACGAGGGUGGCCUGGGAGCGAACCCCUUCUUCGAGAAAUACCGAACUAAGAUCCAGGAACUUCGCAGAUCCAAUCCAGAUCUUUUUGAAUCUCGCAUGGAGCAAAAGAAUGAUUUGAAAAAGCAGCCAGUGGGAUUCUCAAAACAGGCAGAGUUUGUCAGAUGCAUGGAGGAACAGACUGCAAAAGCAAAACAAAAAGCCCCAGGAUUCACAAAAAACAAGACUCUUGAUUCUAUACUUAAUGUUGAGAUGAUGAAGAGGAAGAAGCCUGAAGAAAUAAAGCAGAUAUGGAAGCAAUACUUUUCUGGAGAAGACACAGUUUAUGCUGUUAUUCCUGGAAAGACUUUUGAUGUGAUGUGGAAGCGAAUUCAGGAUUGUCCAUCUUUUCUUUAUGCACUGCCAAGGAAGGAAGGGUAUGAAUUUUUUGUUGGACAUUGGUCAGGAACAGAACUCCACUUCACUUCUCUGAUAAACAUUCAGACUCAAGGUGAUAUUUCUCCCAGCCAAUUGAUUUUGUAUCAUUAUCCUGAGCUUCAGGAGGAAAAAGGAAUUGUACUGAUGACUGCAGAAAUGGAUUCAAAAUUUUUGAAUGUGCAGGAAGCCCAGUGCCUGGCCAGCCAGGUUCAGCUUUUCUAUGCCACAGACCGUCAAGAGACCUAUUGGUUGGUGGAAGCAUUUAACCAUCAGCCAAAUGAAUUUAAAUAUAUGUCUGUAAUAAGUGAGCUUGAACAGAACAGAAUUGGGCAAGAACUGAGGCCUCAGGAGGACCUGCCAUCACCAACCGCUUAAGAGGUAUAGCGGCUUUAACCAAAGACAACUGACAUGGCAAGAGAUACCACCAUGGGACAGUGUUGCUGUUCCUUCCAGAAACAGUGUCAUUAAAAAGGAUGUCCAUACUGUGAGAAUGUAGAGGCACUUGUGCAGCCCCAUUUAUCUCUGAAUGCUAGAAGAAUGGAUAAGCAUUUAUGAUCACUAUGAAGUAUUUGAAAUUUCCUCUUCCCAGUUGCACAAAUGGGUUUUAGCAUUUAUGAACUUCCCGUAUAUCUCUUUUUCUGCAAAAAAUGAGACUGGAAAAGAAAGAAGGGCCAAGAGGGGCUUCGGUUAAUGGGUAUGAUAAAUUCCGGGACAUGGUAAAAAGUAUUUACUAUCAGUGACAUGCUAUCAUUUAUAGCCUGAAUGAGAAAAAGUUCCCACCUCACGGAGCAGAACAGGUAAAGAAAUUCAGAGCAGGACUAACGCCUGUGCUACAGUCACUCUUAAGCAUGUCCAAAAAUGUAUCAAACCAAAAAUGUGUGGUGAUUUUUUUAAAAAAUGUAAUGGAGUACAGUCUUCCAUGAAAGAGGGUUGAGUAUUUACUGAAGUGUUUCUGGCAAUCUCUGGGUAAUUCUUAGUAAAGAGAUGAUAUUGGAAUAAUGAAGUUGUGGGAGAAAAUACUGAGGCCUUUAAUCGCAUAAAGUGGAAAUAUCCAUUUUUUCCAUCUUAGAAACAAACCCUGCAAAUAUCUAAACUGGAUCUAAAUUGACCUUUGCUCCUCAUUCAUGAAGCUAAAGUGUACUUUCUAUUACCUUACUUUCUCUGUCCUUUCCUGCUUUGUAAUGAGUCACUUCACUGAUAACGCAAGCAGGAAAAGAGUAAGAGCCAGAUUGACUUCUUUUCUUGGGCUUGCUUCAAAAAUAAAUAUCGGUAAAGGGGCAUUGCCAUCUAUUUUAGUUAAAUAGGAAAAUCAGGGAACUUGGAGAUUAUGAGAAUAUUUCCUAAAGAUUUCCUUGUGAGUUUUAAUUAUGCACUCCUUGUCCGAUUUGUGUUCACCUGCUGAGCAAUACAUGCUAUCAAAAUCAUAAAUUGAUUGCUCAGGCAAAUUAUUCAAAACAUGAUACGGGAUUUUCAUUCUCUGAAAACCAAAGUAUUGCAAAGACUUAAAUGAAAAUUAGGGUGGAGAGUGAGCAAGAAAGUAGGGGAGGCAUGUAGGUUGCUUCCUGAAUUAGAGAAAUUGGCUGGUCAUGUGUGGUGAUUAAUUUAUGAAAUCUCUAUAUAUUUGCUUCUGAAUAAAAACACUACUUCUGCAGAAAAAACGUACUUUGUGUUCA